GUAUGUUUUGAUGAGCCCUGCAAAUGUUAAGUGAGGUGUGUUCAUUUUAAUCAUCAUAAGCUCUGUUCUCAGGCCUUGUUGAGUGGUGGACAACGAACAGUAGCUGAACAAACAAAUUCUGUCUUCAUAUACUGGUCGUGAAUCCUUUCUCCACUAGAUUUUCAUUAGUGUCACGAAAAGGUUAAGUCUCUGCAAAGAGAGAAUCUGCCCCAAGGGAGUGCUCUUAUCCCACUGUUGCUAGGGAUGUUUUUGUCUUGUGCUUGGGCUGGACAGGAAAACAAGAGGAAGCUGAGACUGGGGAACUCAUCCUGUUGCCUGCCCCAUUGUGAAGCAGCAGUAGUGUCUUUCCAUAACUGUCAGUUUUAGUGCCACGGCUGGCCCUCAGCACUGGCAGCUCCUUCCAGGGAGAACCAAGUGAUCACUACAAUGACAGCUCCUGCUAAUUGCCAGUAAAGCGUUUUCAGCUUUUAACUAGAGAAUCUUACAUUGGAUUGUUAGUAAACAAGAGGAAAUAUGUCUUUGUUCACCUCUGACUUAUUAAAUGAAAAAAACCCAACCUAGCAAUAGUCUGAAUUACCAGCCUUUUCAUUUUCCCAUAACUAGUUUUCAAUCACAUUCAGUUGUUUCUGUAGUGGAGAGCUAAGAGAAGAAAUGAAGCGUAAGAGGAUUUACAGCUUCAGUCUUUCUUUACCUUGCAGAGAAAGGGGUUUAGCUCUUUUAGCUUAGUUUUGUGUUUCAGACCUUCCAGCUAUUGCUCAAUGAUUUGACUUCCACAAAGCUUGACUAGCCCUGUCUAGUGCCAAUACUUACAGUGCUGUUUGCAUGCUAGUCUUGACAGCCAUUGAGAGGACAGGUCACUCGCUAGGAUGUCCUGAUUCUCAGCUGCUUGCGUUCCUGAAUUGCAAGUCUGGAGUAUUUGUAAGCUCUCAAUAAAAUUCCUCUGGGAUUAGAAUUGAAAGGUAUUUCAAAGAUGUGACUAGUCACAUUUUCUGCUGCUUAAAGUUUUUAUGCGGUUUAUCAUAGCUUUAGUUUAAUGAUGUUAAACAAAAUAAGUUAAUGCUUUGCAAAAACAGCUCAGCUGUGGCAGAAGCUGAGGGGCAUAAUUUGUUGAGCUGGGUCUUCACUAGGUGACGCUUCCUAUAUGUGUCUGAGACAUCCUAUGAAUAUUUACAGUUUGUUUAUUUUCUGUCCUUUUGUUACUGCUUUUUUCUUUUCCUCCUAGAUAAGCAACGUUUUGUUUUUUAUUUUACCACCCAUAUGUAUGUACUUGUUCCGUCAGUAUGCAACCUGCUUCAACAGUGGCAUAUAUUUAAUAUGGACUCUGCUGGUUGUGGUUGGAAUUGGAUCUGUUUACUUUCAUGCCACUCUCAGUUUCCUGGGACAGAUGCUGGAUGAGCUGGCUAUUCUCUGGGUCCUGAUGUGUGCUCUUGCCAUGUGGUUCCCUAGGAGAUACCUGCCCAGAGUUUUUCGAAAUGACAGGAGCCAAUUUAAAGCUGUUGGUGUCUUGUCUGGAGUUACUAUCUGCCUUGCUUUCAUUAAGCCCGCCAUCAACAACAUCUCACUGAUGACUCUGGGUUUUUCCUGCACAGCUUUGCUCAUUGCUGAGUUGAAGAGGUGUGAAAACCUGCGUGUGUACAAACUCGGUCUCUUUUUAGGUCUUUGGUGGAUGCUAGCACUUUUCUGCUGGAUCAGUGACAAAGCGUUUUGUGAGAUAUGGUCCUCGUUUAACUUCCCCUAUUUGCACUGUGUGUGGCACAUUUUGAUUUGCCUUGCGGCAUACCUGGGCUGUGUCUGCUUUGCUUACUUCGAUGCUGCCUCUGAGAUCCCUGAGCAGGGUCCUGUCAUAAAGUUCUGGCCCAGUGAAAGAUGGGCAUUCAUUGGGGUUCCCUACGUCAUCCUCCUCUACGCACACAAGAAGUCACCUGUGAAGAUUGCAUGAAGUUGACCGUGGGAUGGAGUUUUGAUUUACAUUACAGCACAGACAGUAUUUAAAUAAUGAUGAAUGAAUAGGGUUAUAUUUUAUGAUCUUUCUAAGAUAUGCAGCACUACAGGUGUCAUAGGAAGAAGAGGCAAGUGUGUUCUUUCCUUAUCUGGAAAAGAGGGAGAAAGCAGGAAGGUGGAGGCUCUUGGACACUAAAGUAACCACUAGCUUCUCUGGUUGACUGUUUUGCACUGUUUUUAAUAUAGCAUUUCUCUUGAUAAAAGCCCUUUCCAGAUACCAGGGUCAAGGAAUGAUAUUUCUGCAGUAGGUCACCUCUGGUGUUUGAUUCACUUAUUUUGUAACUUUUGGCAUAAGGCUUUUUUUUGCAAAACAAUCCUGUCCAAGAUGCCUACAUGCCAUCCUGUGUCCUUCUCAACUCAUUUUGAUGUAGUUGCACAUGGCCACAAGGGUGUGCUCAGUGCAUAGUCUUCUCUCAGCGUAGUGUGUUUCAUGGUGGCUGGCAGUGCUUCUCAUUAAUCACAGAGUAUGUGGUUACUUCCCCUGGUACAACAGACAACCAGUGCCAAGUGUUUGUAGCGGUAUAACUGCAUCAGUGCAGUUAGGCAGUGUAAAUGCAGGAACAGCUGACAGAAGAUUCAGUCCCUAAAACUAAAUACAACUUCAGGGGGUUGAUUUUUUUUUCUGUAUUUCUGCUGACUUGUGGACAUUUGUAUGCUGCAUAUUUCUCUCUUACAGAAAAGUUACAGGAAUCCCUCUCUACCUCUGCAGACAUAUUUUGUCUUGAAUUUGGCCUUUGAGCUCACACAGAAGUGCAAGCAUUAACUUCUGUAGGAGCUCAGGUCAGCAUGGAUUGACAGUUUGAUUAAACUAUAAAAACGCAUAGAUGCCUAGCUAUAUGUUGAAGUUGAGACAUUACUUCUAACCAAUGCAUUGCAAAGUGACAUAAACAGUAUUUCAGUGCUCUGCAAGUUAUACUUAGAAAAAAGUAGACAACCACUUAAAAACCUGUCUGAAGACUUAGAUUUCAGUGAGCAAUGAAAUGUGACACUGAGUCUACGAUACUUACAAAGGAUAGUAGAUAGAAAUUUUCUGUUUGCUUUCAACAUAUUUUAUAAAGAUCAGAUAUAUCUGGAUGCAGUUAAUUCUAAGGUUGUACUUUUAGGGUUGAGGUUCAGGAAUGGCUAUGGUUCUUGCAAGCAAUUUAUGCAAAGUCUGUUUAAAAAAUGAUGCAAAAUGCAGGCAUGUUUUUCAAAUAUUAGUGAUUGUAGCUGCUAAUGGAUGCAAUAUUGGAGAAAAUAGGGUCUGCUUAGAUUCCACCUAAUAUCAGUUGUAAGUGGGUUAAGGAUUAGGAUGUACACCUUUAUUAAUACAAAUGAUAUUUCCUUUUUCUUUGUAAUAGACCAGGAAAUUUCCUCUCUGCUUGAUAAGAAGUCUUACAUUGUUCUUGGUUUUUAUCAAUGUGAAAAAUGUAAUCUAUACAGUAUCUUAUUUAGGAAAGUGGCUUUUAGCAAGAACUUUGGGAUGAAUUAACUAUCAUGCAUUUUAAAGCCUUUCAGAUAACUUUUGUAUGAAAACGUAUGCUUAGAAAACAAGAGCUAAGGUGUAUGCUGUUACACUUAAAGGGAAGUUGUUAUUGGGAGAUAUGAUUGUCUUCUCGAGAACUUCAAAGUGGGUAAGUAACCUAUGGUCAGACUGACAAGGCGGCAAAAUCUGUUCAGUGGAACAAUAAAGAUUGGUACCACUUGCUAGUAGGUUUUGCUGAGAGAAAUAUAUUUUUAGAUACACAGUCAUAUAGUUUUUGUAUGGAACUUGUUUGUAAAAAAUUUGUGCAGUAAUGCUUUGAAGCACAGCUGCUUUUUCCUUUUCCUUCGUCUCUCCCCGGUUAUGAAAUACUUAGUUUCAAACACAUCUAAGGUAUUAAAAAGUCAUGAUUAGAUCCUUAUCAAGAUAGGCUUGCUGGUGGGAAACAGCUCAGCUAAGGUUGGUGAUGCCUGACAUGGCACAACUUUGAUUAAGAGGUUUUUUUAUAUUGUUUGCUAAAUUAUUUUAUUAUGUUAAGUAAGUUAUUUUCAGUAGCUUGGGAAAUUAAUAACUGCAAUGUAAUAUGCUAUUCAAAAUAACUGGAGCUCUCCUACUUAAUAUUUGUUUGAAAGCAAACUCUCUAGCUCAGAGGGCUCCAAUCAAGCUGCUGUCAACUGCUGUCCUCUGACUGCUCCCAAAGAAUUAAUUUUAUAGUUUAAAAAAAUGUCAGCAGUGCAUUCAAAUACUGUAGAGGUGGCAGGUACAGGCCAAGAACAAUCUCUUGCAUUUUUAUUAAUUAACCUCUAGCUUUCAUACUCUUCAUGGGAGAUUCUGUGAACAAAGAUCACUAUCUGAUAGUCAAAGCUCCAAUAUAGAACUGGGUUGGAGUACUCCACUGUAGCAGCAGCCCACCACUUUUAGGGGUAACCACUGCACUUUACAUUAAAUUAGUAUUAACGUAUAUGUUCUGACAAAAGCUACAUUUUUUUUCAAAAAAGAAAAAAAAUGCAGUUUUCACCGGGUUGACAGCUUUACAGACUGCACUUAGGACUAAGGCUCCAGUUAAUGAUAACAUUAGUACCCAAAGUAGUGGGUGACUGGCAUACAAAGAGGUUUGUGAACUGCCCACAGUGCAAAUUCCAUACAGAUGAAUCAACAUGCGCACAAAUAGCUGUAUUAGAUUGGAUUAUAAAGUGAUGAAUAUGCACCCUCAGGUCUUUAAUACAUAUGCAUUGAAGACCCAGAAUGCUAUCUUACCUUGCCAGCAGCAAGUGAGGGGUUUCCUAGUCCUUAGGUUCAAUUACAUAAUGAAGAUUGCAUAUAUUGGCAUAUAAUAUCCAUAAUUUGUUCAAUGUUAAACU